AUGAGUACACGAAAUCGAAGAGAUCUCGAGAAUCGAGAACUUGAAGCUUUGGCUCAAUUUCUUCCAUUAGCAGACGCAAUCACUGCACAGUUAGACAAGGCAUCAGUUGUAAGGCUGACAUGCGCAUAUCUCGCACUAAGACGUAUAUUUCCUGAAUUACCAGAACGAAGGGAACAAUUAUCAGAGAUCGGAUCAUUCCUACUGCAAACCCUUGAUGGCUUUGUAUUAUUUCUUGAUCCAGAAGGCAAAAUGAUGUAUGUCUCAGAAACCGCAUCGGUGCAUUUGGGUUUGUCGCAGGUUGAACUGAUAGGAUCUUCGAUAUUUGAUUUCUUGCAUCCUGAUGACGAAGCCGAAUUGCUUUUUCUCCUUUCUGCUGUCGAUUCUAAGCGUGUUAUUUAUGAAGUACCAUAUAUGGAAGAAAUCGAAAGAAUGUUUUUUAUUCGAAUGCGAUGCGUGCUUCCCAAACGAAAUGCUGGUAUAACUUACAGUGGCUACAAGACAAUAAGCUGUUGGGGUUACUCGAAAAUACAGCAUGAUAAAUUUGGAAGCAUGAAUCUUGGUGUAAUGGCAGUCGGAUAUAUGCUUAGCAGAAGCGGUGUCACCGAAAUUAAACUUCCUUCAUCAACUUUUAUGUUUCGCGCUCGUCUUGACUUCAGUAUAAUUUUUAUGGAUACCAGAAUUACCGCGCUAACCGAUUUCAAUGCAUCCUACCUUCUAGAGAAAUCAUUUUAUCAAAUUGUAAUGUUAGAAGAUACUUAUAUUAUCGAAAAAGCUCACAGAAUUUUACUCAACAAGAAUCAGUCAACCACAGGUUAUUAUAGAAUAUUAUAUCGAGACAAAGGUUAUGUUUGGGCUCAAAGUCAAUUUUGCAUCGUACCAAUGAGGAGGGCAACAAUUACGCAUUGUAUUGUUGCAGUGACGGAGAUAUUUAGUGAGCGCCAAAGUAAUUUAACCUACAGUUAUAUACAACAAAAUGCGGCCGGAAAUAAAAGUACUGCAAGUAACUGCACCCUGGGCGAAUAUUCAAAAGCAUUUUACAAAGGUGCUCUACUAUCAGCCAACCAAUUUGGUCGCGACAAAUUAAAACAUAUAUCGAAAUAA